CUGCGCCUGCGCACGCCGCGCAUCCGGGUCUUUAACACCGGGGCUGCUGCGUCCUACCGGGAGCGCCUGGUUUUGUCGCUGCUCCGUGUUCGGCCCGGCCAGCGGAGCCUGCGCCGCAGACAUGGGAAAAUCACUUUCUCACCUGCCUAUGCACACAUGCAAGGAAGAUGGCUACAAUGGAACCACAGUGUCUGAUAAUAUGAGGAAUGGUUUAGUUCACUCAGAAUCACACAACGAAGACAGCAGAUGUGGAGAUGUGUCGCAGUUUCCCUAUGUGGAAUUUACAGGAAGAGACAGUGUUACCUGCCCAACUUGCCAGGGAACAGGAAGAAUUCCACGAGGACAGGAAAAUCAGCUGGUAGCAUUAAUUCCAUACAGUGAUCAGAGACUGAGACCAAGGAGAACAAAGCUCUACGUGACUGCUUCUGUAAUUGUAUGCUUACUACUUUCUGGGCUGGCUGUAUUCUUCUUGUUUCCUCGCUCAAUUGACGUUGAAUACAUUGGCGUGAAGUCAGUUUAUGUCAGUUACGAACAGGGUAGUCGUAUAAUAUAUCUCAAUAUCACGAACACACUAAAUAUAACGAAUAACAACUAUUAUUCUGUUGAAGUGGCAAAUAUCACAGCCCAAGUUCAGUUUUCAAAAACAGUUAUUGGCAAAGCACGGCUAAACAACAUCACCAACAUUGGUCCUCUGGAUAUGAAACAGAUAGACUAUAUGGUGCCCACAGUCAUACAAGAUGAAAUGAGCUACAUGUUUGACUUCUGUACUUUAGCAUAUAUCAAAGUGCAUAACAUAGUAGUGAUGAUGCAAGUGACAGUGACAACCUCUUACUUUGGCCACUCUGAGCAGACAUCCCAGGAGAGGUACCAGUAUGUGGACUGUGGAAGAAACACAACCUACCAGCUGGGCCAGUCAGAAUAUUUAAAUGUACUUCAGCCUCCACAGUAAAAGCACCUGUUGGUUAGUGUGGAAUGACUGCUGAUCUGGGCAGAGAUCCUUUGAGUAGGACUGGUACUACCUGAAGGGGAGAAUAUAUGCAUGUGAAGCAUAGCGAACAUGAUAACCUGUUCACUUUAGAUGCCAGGAGGGAAAAGGUGCAAAAUGUACAUAGAUGCACUUGUUAAAUGUUGUGUUUUCCCCCUCUGUUUGCUUUCUAUUACUGUAAGCACUUCUGUCAUGUGGUGGGAGGGAGAAGGGGGAAUAUCAGAUUCUUGAAUUGAAUUGGGACCUUUCCUUACAGUGUGAUACAUCAACUUAGAGUAACUGUGUGUAUGUCUGUGUUUAGGUGAAAUGUGACACUAAUGAGCAUUUUAGGAAAAUUGAUACUCAUAAAUUUUAAGUUCAUACUUAAGUUCUUGAUGUUUGACUAUUGAAACUGGCAGUAUUACUACUUAAGUAACGAGAUUACUUUGAGGUAUCUGGUUGUGAGACUUCUGUUAGUAACCCAGUGGUGAUAGUUCUUUAUUUUGGGGUUCUACUUUUUCUUUACUAUACAUGAUUAGAGGUGACAUGCAGUCUGUGAAAGCCAGGAAAGCUCUCUUGGAUGACACUAUACUUGAAUGUGCAACUUCUAGAAUCUGGCAUCAUUUCAUUUAUAUUCCCUCCUGCUACCUCUGGGAUGUUAUAAGGAGAAUGUACGUUGUUAGAUUUAAAGUUGGGUUUAAAAACAAAACAAAAUCCAACCCCCCAGUCAUUACUGACAAAGGAAAAAUUCCAGACUGUAGAAAAUGAAUGAGUGAAGACUUAGUGUCUUUCUACUUUGAUUUUUAGUAAAUUUCUGAGUAACAACUCUUGAUUUAAAAUCAAGAUUGUACAGUUGGAACUAGAGGUCAAACUGUUUGAGCACAGGUUUGGGCAGCUUGUAAAUUUUCAUCAGUUUUAUUGUUUUAAUAUACCAUGUAUCUAAGCUAUUUGUAAGUGUUAAUAUGUUGGGGUGUGCAUAUUUAGUGCACAGGCUCAGCAGGCAAUGCAGUAGUUACUGAAUCUCCAGAGCACUCAAAAUUCACGUUGAAGUUCUGUAAAGGAGAGUAAAGCAAUUCUUUCUGUAAAUGCAAAUGCUGAUGUAAUCAUGAGACUGACUUAAAGCAAAGCUAUGAAAUAAUUUCUGUAGGAUAGUUUGCACAGUGAGAAAUGCCGGGGUUGUUAUCAAAUGUGGUGAUUGUAAAUUUGGGGUCCAAAGUUGCUUGACUACCUAAGGCUGAGUGUUCUAAGGGUCAGGUACAAAACCUUUUGAUUAGCUAAAUCAGAAUUGUUUUCUUUCUAAAUCAGAUCAGAUGCAGCUCUAAGAAGGUACUAUUAAGACUGUUGCAUUGUAAUGAAUAAUUUUUUUUAAAUAAAUGUUGUGGGUUUUAUGCUGCCCAUCUCCUGGAAAUAAGCUAUAUAAAAUGAAUUAGCAGUAAACACUAUGGAAAAAGGCUGCUGAGUAACUUCUUGCAACUAACAAUCUGUUAUGCUUCAGUACUUCAGUGAAGGCACAUGUCUAUAUUGCUCUUCUUUUCUUCGUUGGCCUUUCUUAAGUGGACCUAAUUUGGUGAAUGGGGAAAAGAAUUUUGAUGUAAGAAUUUUGGUGAUGUAAGACUGACUUAAAAGAAAUUAGGUAACCAUACAAAAAAACCCUCCUCUGUCUGCAUUGAUUUGAGCAUUUAUUCUGAAUGUCUAUUAAAGAUUUCGGAACCCAACCUGUCAGUUUCAUAUAAUUGUUGAUGAGAUGAAGAUGCCAGAGAACUGGAACUGGAAUAGUCAAUUCUGAUGACUUACUGUAAUUAUAUUCUGAAAAUUAUUCUUGAUUCUGCAUACUUAAAAGGAAACAUUCUUUAUUACAUCUUAUAGUCAUAAGGGAAACUAGUUCACUACUGACUCUAGUCUUCCUAGAGUAUAGAUGAGGUUCAGUCCUGUGGCUGAUAAAAAUGCAUGCAGAAGCUUGUCUGCUAGUCUGAAAAGAUACAGGUGAUGACUAAAAACCAGGAUAGUGGGUAGCUGGCUAGAAGCAGAGAGGUAAACUCUUCUGUGUUGUCUGCUGUAAAAAGAUGCUUAUAUUGAAGAUAAGGGAAAGAAUUCUGGUUUAGAUUAUGUGAGAUCUGAAGACAGCCAGUAAGUGAUACAGGUUUUAGGGUUGUUUUUUGUCUCUUGGCCUAAGUAUUUACACUUAGAGUUUUGGUUUUGUUUAGGGGUGGUUGGUUGGGGUUGUUUUGGGGGUUUGGUUUUUUUGUGGGUUGUUUUUGUGUGGGGUUUUUUUAUUAUUUUUUUUUAUAGGAAAAUAAGAAAACAGGUUUAGGCAGAUAUCUUAAUUUGAAACAAAUUUCUUCAAAGGACAAGACAUAAUCUAAGGUAACUGGAAUGGCACAAUACUAAAAUUAUUUGGUGACAGUAAUGAAUGCUGCUUGAACAAGCAUAGUGGGGGGAGGUUAUACUGUUUAUGCAGUGUUGAGAUUCAAACCGAUCUUUGAAAGUUUGGCAGAAUGCUGAACAAAAUACUUAAAUCUGUAUAUCUUAUGUUGCAUUAAAUCGUUGGUAUUGGCUAAUUUAAAAUAAAGAAUUAUGAGUAGAAUUACUCUUCCCGUAUAUAUGGCAGAAGGGGAAGAUACAGCUCUUAAUAUCUGUCAUCUGGGAUAUCUAAUGGAUGUAAACUUCAACACCAUCAGGUUGUGCUAGACAUACUGAAUGACUGAGACUUCUUAUCUUCAAAAAUAAAGGGUAGAUAAAGAUCCUGUUGAUGAACCCUCAAAUUAAGUCAGUUACAGGAGAAUCAAAGGCUGAAGGUUCCACAUGUGCUAGUAUGUCCUUGAAAAACUGUCAGCAUGUUACUAACCAAACA